GAGGGAAUGAAGGAGACUGCCAGAUUCAAGCCUCCCAGGGAGAAAACGUAGUGGGAACACUGAAAGAUGGAUAGAUGGAAGAUUCCUGUGUGUGGUGUGUGCACUACAGGUGUGCAAUGGGUCUAAGAUCGAAAACGCAUCAUGGCGGAGGAGAACCCGGAGACAGAUGGCCCCAGAUCCAACAUGCCGGCUGAGCUCCACCAUCCCCACUCUAAGUACUCUCAGUGGAAGUUUAAGCUAUUUAGGGUGAGAUCCAUGGAGAAGGCCCCUCUCCCCAGUGAGACACAGGCUGAGAACGGAGUCUUGUUAGGGAUCUCACCUCCUGCAGCUCCAAAAAUAGAAUUAGAUAAUGGGGUGAGUCCAGGGAGCGUUAUGAAAUUGUGCCUUGGGGGAAAAAGCAAGGAGAAUGUGGAGGGCCCGGGCCGGAGGGUAGAUAAGAAGUUAGAGGAAAUGGACACCCACAUGAACCACCUCAGGUGUCUCUGCCGUCUCUGUGGAAUGACCCUGAGGAAAGUCAAAGGACCAGUGCAUGAAGUUCAUGGGGAUCUGGAUGAGGUGAGCAAAGGUGUCCUGCGUAAAAUGGGCUGCAGGUUUACCGGCUGGCCGGAGGUCAUCCUCAAAGUCUUCAAAGUGGACGUGACGGAGGACACAGAAUCUGUCCACCCGCUCUCCUUCUGCCAUCGCUGCUGGAUGGCUGCCAUACGAGGAGGCGGCGUCUGCAACUUCUCCAGAGUAAGAGUCCCCGAGUGGAAACCCCACUCUUCCCCCUGCUACCUUUGCUCCCCAAAGAAAUGUUCAUUCCAGCGGACCGGGAGGAAGAGGAGGAAGACCAUUCCCAGAGCCCAGAGCCUGGCGAAAAAGACCAGGUGGGAGCACGCCGACAGCAUCGCCGUAGGAGAGAAGAGAGUUCUGAGAUCAUUCGCAGACCGUCAUCAUGGUCAGGGGCUCAGGGGCUGGAGGAAACCCAGCAUCCAGAGAGAGCAGUGGGUGAGGAACAUCACCCGCUGCCAGAAAGACCACCUGAGCGCUAAACUGAUCUCUGACAAGCUCCCUGUGGACUUCCUCUUUUCUUUUACCUGCCUGGUGUGCGACCACCUGCUCUUUGAUCCAGUUCAGUCCCCCUGCGGGCACCUCUUCUGCCGCAGCUGCAUCAUAAAAUGCAACCACGUUCUGGGACCCCACUGCCCGGCCUGCAACUUGUCCUGUGGCCCUGAUGACCUCAGCCCGCCUGCCAAAGCCUUUUUAUCAGCUCUGCAUUCCCUACCUCUGCUUUGCCCCAGAGGCGGUUGCGGCAAGCAGGUAAGGUUGGACUCAUUUAAAGCUCACUGUCGGGACCACGAGCUGAAUGAGCAGGACGCAAAUGAGCAGUCAUCAGAGCUUGAUAACUACCUGCUAGCCAAUAAAGGGGGAAGACCCCGUCAGCACUUGCUGUCACUAACCCGUCGUGCCCAGAAGCAUCGACUGAGGGAUUUGAAGAACCAGGUCAAAGUGUUUGCAGACAAAGAGGAAGGUGGUGACCUGAAGUCCGUGUGCCUGACACUGUUCCUGCUCGCACUGAGAUCUGGGAAUGAACACCGGCAAGCAGAUGAGCUCGAGGCCAUGAUGCAAGGCAGAGGCUUUGGGUUGCAUCCCGCAGUGUGCUUGGCCAUUCGGGUGAACACUUUCCUGAGCUGCAGCCAGUAUCACAAGAUGUACCGGACCGUCAAAGCCACCAGUGGCCGCCAGAUCUUUCAGCCCCUGCACACCCUCCGAGCAGCAGAGAAGGAGCUUCUCCCUGGCUUUCACCAGUUUGAGUGGCAGCCAGCUCUCAAGAAUGUGUCCACAUCUUGCAAUGUUGGCAUUAUUAAUGGGCUCUCUGGAUGGGCUUCCUCGGUGGAUGACACCCCGGCUGACACCAUCACUCGGCGCUUUCGCUAUGAUGUGGCGCUGGUGUCAGCAUUAAAGGAUCUGGAGGAGGACAUCAUGGAGGGGCUGAGAGAGAGCGGGAUGGAAGACAGUGCUUGCACCUCAGGCUUUACUGUCAUGAUCAAGGAAUGCUGUGAUGGCAUGGGCGAUGUCAGCGAGAAACACGGCGGAGGACCAGCCAUUCCCGAGAAGGCUGUACGUUUCUCUUUCACUGUUAUGUCUCUCUCUGUCCGGGCAGAGGAGGAGGAGGAGGACGUUACCAUCUUCACCGAGCCAAGGCCCAACUCGGAGCUGUCCUGUAAGCCCCUUUGCUUGAUGUUUGUGGAUGAGUCAGACCACGAGACACUCACAGCUCUCCUGGGGCCUGUAGUUGCAGAGCGUAAUGCAAUGAAAGAGAGCAGACUCAUCCUCUCCAUCGGCGGCCUUCCUCGCUCCUUCCGCUUCCACUUCAGGGGCACGGGAUACGAUGAGAAGAUGGUGCGAGAGAUGGAAGGCCUGGAGUCCUCGGGGUCCACGUAUGUCUGCACUCUGUGUGACUCCAGCCGGGCGAACGCCUCUCAAAACAUGGUGCUACACUCCGUCACCCGCGGCCAUGAAGAGAACCUAGAACGUUAUGAAAUAUGGAGAACCAACCCCUUCUCUGAGUCUGUGGACGAACUGCGAGACAGAGUCAAAGGUGUCUCUGCAAAGCCCUUCAUGGAGACCCACCCCACGCUAGAUGCAUUGCACUGCGACAUUGGCAAUGCCACUGAGUUCUACAAAAUCUUCCAGGACGAGAUUGGGGAGGUGUAUCAAAAGGUCAACCCCAGCCGGGAGGAAAGGCGCAGCUGGAGGGCCGCCCUAGAUAAACAGCUGAGGAAGAAGAUGAAGCUUAAACCGGUAAUGAGGAUGAAUGGGAACUACGCCCGCAGGCUAAUGACCCUGGAGACUGUGGAGGUGGUGUGUGAACUGGUGCCCUCAGAGGAAAGGAGAGAGGCCCUGAGGGAGCUCAUGAGGCUCUACCUCCAGAUGAGGCCUGUGUGGCGCGCCACCUGCCCAGCCAAGGAAUGCCCAGACCAGCUGUGCCGCUACAGCUUUAACUCGCAACACUUUGCCGACCUCCUCUCCUCUACCUUCAAAUACAGGUACAACGGAAAGAUCACCAAUUACCUGCAUAAGACUCUGGCCCAUGUGCCUGAAAUCAUAGAGAGAGAUGGAUCCAUAGGAGCCUGGGCCAGUGAGGGGAACGAGUCGGCAAACAAACUGUUCAGGCGCUUCCGGAAGAUGAAUGCACGUCAGUCGAAGGCCUUUGAACUUGAGGACGUGUUGAAACACCACUGGCUCUACACCUCCAAGUACUUGCAGAAGUUUAUGGAGGCUCACAAGAACUCUGCCAAAGCUCUGCAAGCUACCAUUGACCCAAUAGAGAUGCAGGAUGAUGAGGAUAUUUCUCUAGAAGUGAAUGAAUUUUGAUUUUUCUUUUGAUAUGAACUUUUGAUAUAACAUUGGAUUGACUUUGUAAUAGUUGUAUAACCUGUUACGUAUCGAUAUUAUAUAAGUAAUAUGGCCUUGUUUAUAAAUGCUGAAUUUACUUCCUGUAUAUUUUGUUUGAUGUCUAGAAUAGUUCAGGAAAGGAGCCAGUGUCAUUACACUUUUUCUGAGAUUUUGCAUAUUUUCUUAUGAGUAUCUUUGCAAAUUGAAACAAAACAUCAGUUACUGUUGACCUUUUCGCACUUGAAUGGAGUAUUUUCUAGAACUUAAUGGAAAGUAAUGUUAUUGUCACACCACGUUUUUAAAUGUGUCUUGUAUUUGAACCGCCUUGUUGUGGAAAGGUUCUAUACAUACACUGUAAAUUUGCCUUGCCUUGCUUUGUUAGCAAAGAUUGGACAGCAGAGGAAGAUAGAAUUAACACACAGGUUUCUUUUCGCUCGCUCUGAGCAGAAAAGUUUUUUCCUUUAUCUUCGCCGUCUGUGAAAUAUGGUUCAGUUUAUUGUAUCGCAAGGAUAUGACACAUUUAUGAAUUUAUAUAGAGAGGAUAUUUAUGGAAACAGAUGAAAGCGCUGUAAGUCAUGGGGGAAAAUUGUGUUAAAAAGACCACAUUUGUGGCCACUGUAUUAAUAUAUCAUUUGAGCUGGCGCAAAAUGCAAUCACGGAGACCAAAAUGUUCUUUGUUUCAUGAGUGCCCUCUGAAAAAGAUUACUUUAGUGCUUUAUCGUGGGAUCCCUGAGGGGCAGGAUAGAUGCCAGGUCACUUUGAACCAAUUUUUAUCUCUUUUAGUUUUUGCACAGUGGAGGAUAGAUGAUACUUAUUCGAAUUCUUCACAUAAAAUAAAGCAUAUACUGACCUUUUUGUUGAUAUCAUAAAAAUACAGUAUGGUCCAUUACGGAGCCUAAUACCCCAUGGACUCUCUAGCAGGCAGGGAUUUUUCUUAAGUACUGUAUAUAACCUGGCUCUUUUCUCUGCUGAUAUUUCUUCAUUGCCACGGCUGACAGAGGAGAGGGAUGGGCUGCAGCUUGAGAGACCUGAUUUAAACUGAUUUGUUGGCAACUUUAUUUGUUUGAUUGAUUGAUUAUAUUGUCUUUUUCUGCCCUCGCCAUUUUGAAUUGUGACAGGCAAUUUUGUUUUCCUAUUUGAUUGAAUGUUUGAUUUGAUUUUUACUGUCAUAGGUUUAACCAUAUGACAGCAGUGAAAUAUUCACAUUUCAUUGGAUAGUUGUCACACUUGUACAAUAACAUCAUGUUUCGAGUGCAUUAUAUUGCAACUUGCCUCAUAUUUGUUUUUUUGUUUUUUCGCUGUAAUGAAUUGCAUUUCCAAAGUAAUGGAUGAUGGAUGAUUCAUAAGAUUCUAUUUGUUCACUUUUUUACCAUGUACUUUCUCAUUUUGUUUUUCCAUACCACACUAAAUAUCAGGUACUGUUUACUGAGGUUGCAGAAGAUUUUCGGUGGUGAUAUACUUUGCAUACUGGUGCAGUGUUACACUGAAGCUCCACUACAUUUCACAUGUUGUUUGUUUUUACAUGUAGUCGCAUAUUUCUCAUGUAUUUUCACUGAACCACACAAAUUACUCUGCUAUACCAUUUUUUUUACUACUUUAUUUUACUUUUUUUCACCAAAGAAUAAAUAAAGACAGAAUCUG